GAAAUAGGGCAAUACACGAGGCUGCGUUGGAAGGAACAAUAGACAACAACGAAUUGUAACGCAAAAUAUUUAACUGAAAUGGAUUGCAUCUCUACGCGUUGGAUUAACUAACUUUUCUGCUGGCUCCACUACAAGGCAGGUGGAGAGCGCUCUUUGUGAAAACAUAACGUAACCUAUGUGAGUAGCCUGCGGAAGAAUACUGAUAAAUAUUAUCAUAACAAAAGAGUCGUCAAGACAAGCACUCAUUAAAGCUUUCUCGUUCAACAAUUAUUUGCCAUUAAGGAAAAACACGUGGCUCAUUUUAAAGGAGCAGCUGCGAUGUUAACAGCGGAGGGCAAGAGGACUUUCAUUUGGAUUUAAAGCUGUAUGCUGUGUUUUGGACAGUCAGUAUUUUUCCGCUUCAACCACCCAGAGGAGGCGUUCAGGAUGAAGAGCAUGAUGCCAGGGGGAAGCAAGGGCUCCGGUGGGAACUACAGAAUCCACUCAGACUCAAAGAGCCUGGUCAAUGGGAACCAUCAAUCAGGAGCAUCCCAGUCGCACCACCCAGCCCCCGGUGAGAGAGUCCCACGCUCCGAGCAUAGUGCCAUCGUCAGCUCCAUCGAAAAGGACCUCCAGGACAUCAUGGACUCCCUAGUCAUGGAUGAUCCCCAGCCUUCCUCUUCAGACUCAAAAAAGCCAGACUACCCCAUCCCCCACUCCCCGCUGUCCCCCAUGGUCAACGGAGGAGGCCGCUACCUCCUCUCCCCUCCCACCAGCCCGGGGGCCAUGUCAGUGGGCUCCAGCUAUGAGAACACCUCCCCGCCCUUCUCCCCCCUGUCCUCUCCCUCGGCGGCCAGCAGCGCAGGCAGCUACACCAGCCCUUCUCCCAGCGGCUGCCUGGACCCCCAGGACCUAUCCCUGCCCCCCGUGCCAGUCCGCUCAUCCAGCUACAACUACACAACUACACCACCCAUCCCCCAGCCAAGGACCAUCAUGACAAACUACAGCCCCGGCGGUGGGGUGCAGAGGGUCCCUGAGAGCCCCAGGCUCCAGAGGAAAUGUCUCCUGGAGGCCCCCCAGAGCCCCAAGCUGGCCCGCAGAGGCCAGAGCCUGGACAGCCCAGGGGUGAUGGGUUCCGAGAGCCCCAGACUGACCCACCUAUCUGUUGCAUCAGCCGAUGCCGGGUACAUGGGCAUGGGCAGGAACGCAGUGCCAAGUAGCCCCAGACUCACCUCCAAUUUCCCCUACGCCGCCACGUCCUCCCCAUCCAGCCCCAGGACGAAAGCGGGCACCAUCCUCCAGGAGCGUCCGGCUAGCCCCUUCAGAGAGCAGGCGGACCGCUCCCUCACCUCCAGCUCUUCCAGACAGCUGCUAUCCCAGCCCAGCAGGGCCUUCCAGCCUCCCCUGGACCCCAUCGUCCACAUAAUCCAGGGGGGCUCUCCACUCCAGCAGCACCACCCCUUCCCCCACCCUCUCACGCUGCAGCCCCCAGAGAGCCCUCGGCUGUCCCGCAGGAACCUCGACCUCAGCGGCGGUGGUGGCAGCAGCAUGAGGGAGCUCCCCCCUCUCAGCCCCUCCAUGGCUCGCAGAGGGGUGCCUGUUCUCCCGGGUGCUCUCCCUGGAAGUAUCCCCAUGUUGAGAACGCCUGAGAGCCCAUCAUCAUUGGGGAAGCUGGGAGUCCCGGAGAGCCCCAGGCUCCUACGCAAGGCCUGCUCCCCCCCGGAGGACCAGUUUGGCGGCAGUGUGGUCCGAGCCCGCAGCCCCUCCCCUACCUUGGGGCUGAUGAUGAUGGAGAGCGGGGGAGGGGGAAGGAAGGCCAGCUUUGGGAAUGCCCUCUCCCCUGCUUACAGCCUGGGCUCCCUACCUGGCUCUUCGCCUCUUGCCAGCCCCAGGGGCCAUAGGAAGAUGUCCGGGGGCCCCCGGGAUCAGAGGGGCCCCCACCCGGGCAUGCGGGAACGGAAAAACAGCAUCUCUGAGAUCAGCGACAACGAGGACGAGCUGUUGGAGUACCACCGGCGCCAGAGAGAGGAGAGGCUCAGGGAGCAGGAGAUGGAGAGACUGGAGAGGCAGAGGCUAGAGACCAUCCUGAACCUGUGCGCCGAGUACAACAAGGGCGACGGGCCCUUUGGGGGCGAGGCAGAGGGGAGGAUGGGCUUCCCUGGGGGCCUGGGACCGGGGGAGGGGGCGGCCAGGAGACCCUCUAUGGACAGCUUGGCAGGGUCCAGCUCACUUCAUCGUAGCAUGGCCCAUAGACAGCAGAGGGAGAGCGACGAGGAGAACCUCAAGGAGGAGUGCAGCAGUACAGAGAGCACCCAUCAGGAGGUGAGGACGCCACUUCCACCACAGGCUCUCCACAAUGGAGACCGAUACCAGCACGAGGAACAGCCUGUUUCUGGCGGCCCGGGGCGGGCAGAGCUGGGUUACCUGGAGGACGAGAGGGUCAGAGUGCUGGCACGAGUCGACGAGCUCAAAUCACGAAUCACAGAGCUGGAGCAGCAGCUACAGGAGUCCAAGCAGGAGGCAGAGAUGGAGCGGGCCCUGCUGCAGGGGGAGAGGCAGGCGGAACUGGACCAGGUAGAGGCAGAGACGGAGAUCAUCGGACAGCUGCAACACAAGCUCAACGAGCUGGAGAACGCCAUCCAGAGGGAGAAAGACAAGGAGAGGGCAAAUGUUGACGCAGAGCGCCGAGACCUGGAGAGCCUCCAGGAGGGCUACAGUGAGCUGAAGAACCAGCUUCAUAACUGUCCCGAGUCACUGAGGGAGCAGUUAAAGGAACAGCUCAAAAGGGAGGGCGAGACCCUGGAGUCAGAGACAAAACAGUUUGAGGACCUGGAGUUCCAGCAGCUAGAGAGGGAGAGCAGCCUGGAGGAGGAGAGGGAGACCAUCAGCCAGCAGCUGCUGCAGGAGAGGGCCGAGUACCACACCAGCGUGGCCAAGAGGAAGGACAAGGUGGCAGCUCUGGAAGGCCAGGCCAGUCAGCUGGGACAGCAGGCGUCUCAGGAGUGUGACAGGUUGGCUAAGGACAGGAACCUUACCCUGCAGAUUCUCCAUAAGGAGAAAGAGAGGCUAUCGGCCCUAGAGAAGAGGUACCUCAGCCUUACUGGAGGAAGGUCUUUCCCUAAGUGUUCCAGCACCAUGAAAGAGGUGUUCCGCUCCAAGCUGGACAGUGAUGCUGGACAGACGGUACAUCAACCCAAAGCAGGCUCCGGAUCCCAUCUGCAGUACGUAGCCACUACACUGGGACGCAACACAACCUCCAAGAGCCCACUGAUGGUUCCCAACAGUACAGGCAGUUUGCCACGGAACUUGGCUGCCACCAUGCAGGACAUAGAGACCAAGAGAGCGCUAGCCUUACAGCAGAAAGGCCACCAGGUGAUCGAGGAGCAGCGGCGUCGAUUGGCUGAGCUGAAGCAGCGGGCUGCAGUGGAGGCCCAGUGCCAGUGGGAUGCGCUCCACGGCUCUCAGACCCACCUCUACGCCCCCUCACACGCCCACGGCCCUCCCAUGGUGCACCACUCCAUCCUGCACCACCAGCCGCCGUCGGCGGGCGAGCAGCCGUACGACACACUGAGCCUGGAGAGCUCUGACAGCAUGGACACCAGUGUCUCCACAGGCAACAACUCGGCCUGCUCCCCCGACAACAUGUCCAGUGCCAGUGGGAUGGAUGCGCUGAAGAUCGAGGAGAUGGAGAAGAUGCUGAAGGAAGCCCACCUAGAGAAGGCCAGGCUCAUAGAAUCCAGAGAGCGAGAGAGCCAUGCCCGUAGGCAGAUGCUGGAGGAGGAGAGGAGGCGGCGCGAGGAGGCUGAGAAGAGGCUGCAGGACGAGACGGUGCACAGGCAGCAGCUGGUGGACAAGGAGGUGAAGAUGAGGAGCAAGAACUUCUCCCAGGCCCGUCCUAUGACUCGUUACCUGCCCAUCCGCAAGGAGGAGUUUGACCUGCGCUCCCACAUCGAGUCAUCCGGCCACAACGUGGAGACCUCUUACCACGUGAUCCUCACAGACAAGAUGUGUAAGGGUUACCUGGUCAAGAUGGGCGGCAAGAUCAAGUCGUGGAAGAAACGCUGGUUUGUCUUCGACCGCCUCAAAAGGACCUUCUCCUAUUACGUUGACAAGCACGAGACCAAACUGAAAGGCGUCAUCUACUUCCAGGCCAUUGAAGAGGUCUAUUACGAUCACCUGCGUAGUGCCACGAAGAGCCCCAAUCCCUCGUUGACCUUCUGUGUGAAGACUCACGACAGACUCUACUACAUGGUGGCCUCUGCCCCGGAGGCCAUGAGGAUAUGGAUGGAUGUUAUAGUAACCGGAGCCGAGGGCUACACGCAGUUCAUGAACUAAUAGGGGAGACUUGUGUACGGAGGCCUAGCAGUGACACACUUCAAUAGACUCAGGCCUUAUCCUCUCCCCAGUAUUGGGAAAUUGCCUUUUUAUUUUGUAUCUAUUUUUAAAUCACUUUACAAUAGACAUUUUUCUCCACCUGCUCCUGCCCACGGAUUGAAAAAGGGAGUCCUGGAAAAGACACUGUAUAUAACCAAAAUGACAACUGUCAGAUUUUCUGCUCAAAAGCCUUUCUAUUUUGUCAAAUUGAGAUAUUGUUUGUUACAGGUUCUUGCUUGUGAGACCUGUGUGUAUCAGUGUCGUAACUUUUUUUUUUUUUUUUUUACACUAUGGAAUAUUGCUAAAUUACAUUAUACCAAUGGUUUCAGAUGGUUGUUUUAUACAAAAGGCAUUUCCCGACUACCUAUUUAGUUCAAACUUAAGUGAAGACAACUCAAUUUGUUCCAUCGGACUUUAGCUUACUGCUGAACUAGAUUCCACUAAUGUUGACUUGACCACUUGCACAUGUCAUUAUAAUAAUGCUAAUCAUUCUGUGCCUUGUCAGUCUAAUGUCACUGAACAGUAACCUCCUAUGCACUUCUGUAGAUCUGAUUGGGUAGGUUGAAUUAUUGCUUACACUUUCCAAUUCUUUCAGAUCAAGAAUGUCAUGAUCUGGUAGCUUGACAUGGUACAUGAAAAUCUUUAGGUUUUUUAAGCCUUGUGAAAUUGAGGUACUAUAAACAUCAGAAUAUAUUAAGAUAUUUUUUCCCCACACCGAAAUGGGUGUAGCCAGAGGUAUGUGUUAGAAAAAGGUUUACUGUAAAAUGUCACUCAUUCAACCAGUAUUGUACAAUAAUUCUAAUGGUCAGAAUACACUUCAGUUAACAGUAUACCACUCUGCUCCCUCAACACUGUAGAACAUUGCUCCCAUAUGUUGACUGUACACUUUCAUGUAUGGAUUCUCAAUACAGAUCUAUUAAAACAGAAAUGUUACAGA